AUGAGUUUCAAACAGUUUUUCACGAGCAAUUGUCGAUUAAUCAAAACAAAUCAAUUGUUUAUUAACAGGUUUGCAAAAUAAUUUAUAUUAAUUUUGUAUGUCUAAUGUAAAAUUGUUUAUUAUUAUUAGAUGUUCAAAUUCUGUUUUGGAAAUCCAUAUCAUAGGAUAUGCUAAAAAAACAGUAUUUAAUUUACCACUAAAACCAAAAAGACCUACUCCUCCAUUCUUUCAAUUUAUACAUGAAAAAAAGUCUGAAGUAAUUGGAGAACAUAAUUUAAGAACAAAAGGUAAUAUUAGGUAUUAAUUAGACAUUAUAGUAACAAUGACAAAAUACAUAUUUUUUUUAAUGAUUUAAUUAGUUUAAAUAUUUUUUUUUUUAUUUAUUAAAAAAAAAAUAUAUAUAUAUGACAUUUACAAUCUGUACAUAAAUUAAAUACAAUAAGUAAAUAUGAGAACAAUUUAUGAUGGGAAGGGAAAAUGAGAAGGGAAGCUAUCCAGUGAUAGGACCCUAUGACGUUACUCUUUUAUUUUUUUGGCAUUCCUGUUAAGCUAGCGCGUUUUUCAAAUUAAUAGGUCUCGAGACCAAUGUCUUUUUGACGUUCAUUUUUGACUUCGUGAUACUUUAAUCCCAACCUUAUUUAACUGUGGAUACUUGAAAAUGAUUUAUAUAUAUAUAUAUAUAUUUAUUAAUAUUAGGGUUUAAUCAUAUUAAUACCAAAGUAAUUGUGUAUUAGUAAAUUACAGGUGAAUAACUUAAAAUAAUGUGUUUAUUCAGGUUAUGAGAACUCAAGUAAAAUUGUAGUUUAAUUUAUUACAAAUAUAAAAUUUUUGGUAUAAAUCUAGUUUAGCAGCUCCUCGAAAUUUCGGAUUUUUUCCAGAAACUUAUAUAUUUCAAAGUUUUAAAAAUUAAAGUUUAAUUAAGUUUUUUGUGGAAAUCAUUACACAUUUUCGACUACUUAGGUGAUCUGUUAGGUUUCUUGUUAUCUACCUGACAUGAAUUUUGCUCAAUAAACCGAUGAUUAUUUUUGAUUAAAAUUGUACAGAGAGCGACCAUAUUGGGCCUCUAAUUCUAUCUAUAUUGCUUUUUCACUUUUCACUGCUACCUACUUGUUUUUUAGAUAUAAUAAGUUUCUUACGAUAGAUUGAUCAUUCUAUAUUUAAUAAUUAUAAUUAUAAAAGUUCAAUUUUAUGAUAUCAAUUUUUAAAUAUAAUUUAUCAUCAAUGUUUUGUUGAACAAUCAAUAUUUGAUUUUAGUUAUAAAGUUGAAUAAAACUUUGGUUAUUCCAUAUGUUUAGGUUAUAUAAUAUUUGUAUUAAUUUAUAUUAGAUACUUUUCGUAUUCUAAGUGAAAUGUGGAAAUUAUUUGAUGUAAAUACUAAAGAAAAAAUGACUGAAGCAUAUGGUAAAGAACUGGUCAAAUACAAAGAAAAUAUGAAAAACUACAAAGAAAGCUUAACAGAUGAACAAAAAAAUGAGUUGUUCCGAGCAAAAUAUGAGGCAUUAGAACAAAAAACAAAACGCAAACUUAAAAAAGUACAGUUAUUGAAUAAAAAUAUUUAAAUUUAAAAUAUUUUAUAAAUACAUUUUUUUUAGGAAUUAAAAGAAUUAGGCAAACCUCGCAAACCUCCUACUGCAUAUAUUUUAUUUGCAACCGAACACUUAAAAUAUAAUAGAGAUGAGCCUGUUAAUAAAUAUAUGGUAACCAUUGCUAAAAAAUGGAAAGAACUGGACUCUGACAAAAAAAAUAAGUAUUUGGAAGAAGCUUCUGACGAAAUAGAUAAGUAUAAUGAUGCACUUAUUAAAUGGGAGAAAGAUAUGAUUCAAGCAGGGCGGUUGGAUUUGGUUCGAAAUUCUUCCAUUAUAAAUAGUAGUACUGAUAAAAACUAA